GGGGACAGAAGGAGCACAGAGGAAUAGUUUUCCAGCCGUGGACCCCAUCACAGGAUCUCUCCUCCACCCUCAGCCAGCCACGCCCCGGGGCAGGGAGACGCCAGGCUCUCCACCAUGCCCAAACUCGUAUCAUGGAAACGGGGAACGGGCCGUGAAGAGCAGUUCUAGGAAGAUACAGACUGCCGAGAUGAAGUUCGGGAAGAGCAUCUGCGUGCUGAACGUGGGGGGAACCCGGUACGCCUUCACCCGUGAGGUGAUCCGGGAUUUCCCUCUGCGGCGCGUCAGCCGCCUGCACGCUUGCGCCACGGAGAAAGAGGUCCUGGAGCUGUGCGACGACUACGACCGGGACCGGAACGAGUUCUUCUUCGACCGCCACGCACAGGCUUUUGUGUUCAUCAUGCUGUACGUGCGCUCCGGGAAACUCCGGUUCGUCCCCGGAGUGUGUGAGCUGUCCUUCUACACGGAGAUGCUGUACUGGGGGCUGGAGAGCGUCCACCUGGACUCCUGCUGCCAGAAGCGCCUCGACGACAGGAUGUCCGACAUCGGACUGGACAGCGUGUCGGAAGAAGGCAUGAUAUAUUCGGGGGAAGAGCCCCCGAGCCCGGACGAGUCCGUCCAGAGGACUGCGCUCACCGGCCGCGCCAAAUGGCUGGAGAAGAUGCGCGUAACCUUUGAGGAGCCCAACUCUUCUCUCGCAGCGCAGCUUCUGGCUUCGGUGUCUGUGAUUUUCGUGGUCAUUUCGAUGAUAAUGCUGUGUGCCAGCACGCUGCCGGAUUGGGACACAGCUAAGAGAAAAGCAGUAGAGGAGCACAGGAUAGUUGAGGCUGUGUGCAUGGGCUGGUUUACAGCAGAGUGCAUCGUGCGCUUCCUGGUGGCCAGAGACAAGUGGGACUUCAUCCGCCAUCCACUGAACGUCAUCGAUGUGAUUGCCAUCACCCCCUACUAUGUCACUAUGGCGAUGGCCCGCGCGGGGAUGCCGGGUGCCGGGCUCGGGGUGGCCGGGGUGAUACUCCGAGUGCUGAGGAUGAUGCGAGUGUUCUGGCUCAUGAAGCUGGCCAGACACUUCCUAGGCUUGCAGACUCUGGGGAUGACGCUCAGGCGCUGCUACCGGGAGAUGGUCAUGCUGAUGGUGUUUGUCUUCGUUGCCAUGGCAAUAUACAGUGCUCUGGCACAGCUACUGGAGCAUGGCUUGGACUUGGGCACGCAGAACCAGGAUUACGCCAGCAUCCCAGCCGCUGCCUGGUGGGUCAUCAUCUCCAUGACGACGGUGGGGUACGGGGACGUGUACCCCGUGACUGUUGGGGGACGGGUGCUCGGGGGAAUGUGCGUAGUGAGUGGCAUCGUACUCCUGGCGCUGCCCAUCACGUUCAUCUACCACAGUUUUGUUCAGUGCUACCAUGAACUGAGACUCCGGUCCGCCAGAUGUGCGCGCAUCCUGGCUGCAGAGAUGCUACGAUGAAGAUCAGAAAGUGAAAAAGUGAAAAAAAUAUAGAUCUACUGAUAGUAAAAUAGUCAUCAAUUUUGUGAACGGACUUGUUUCACGCUGAGCAGAAAUAGAUUUUUUUCUUCUGCCUUAUCUAGCUCCCACCUGUCGUAUUGUUGAUAUCUAAUUAUAAUGUUGUACCAGCAUGGGCUGGGACUGUCGACUUAAGAACCACAUGCAAGCAUGUGCAAAUAAUUAUUUAUUAAACACACACAGGUGCAGUCGG